AUGGGUUAUAAGCUAGUGUUGAAAGCCACUCUUGAAGGUCUAACUGUUUUACGUCCAAAAGACACAGAACAAACUCCAUUCGAGUACACUUUUGAAAUUGAAUGUACUUCAUGUCGUGAAAAACAUGAUAAAGAAAUCACAAUUAAUAGAUUUGAACAACAUGAAAUCUCUGGAAGUAGAGGUGAAGCAAAUUUUGUGUUCAGAUGCAAAAACUGUAAAAGAGAAUCUUCAGCUUCUAUAACGAGAACAAAGAAUAAUUACACUAUUGAAGACAGUGGCAAAGCGGUGUCCCUUUUGGAAAUUGAGGCCCGUGGUAUUGAAUUUGUCCGUUUUGUGCCUGAUGGUCUAUUUGAAGCAAAAGGUGCUGAAAGUACAACAAAAUUUGAAGAAAUUGAACUAAAUGAAGACGAAUUCUAUGAUUAUGAUGAUAAUGCUGGUAAUGAAGUCUCAAUAACUGAAGUUUCAUGGGAUGUUGUUCGUUCCUAA